AUGCCUCCACACCUAUACCUCACCGCAGAGACGGAGGACUUCGACGCAGUGAUCAUGCAGCACUGGCGGGAGGAGGGCUUCGACGUCGCAUACCUCCCCUUCAACGGCGGCGGCCACGCCUACACAGCCGCACUCCAAAACCUCGCCGACGACCUCGAAGCCGGUGAAUCCUACGGCCUGAUCGCCUACGGCGCCCCCGCCUCCACCUGCCUCUCCAUCCACACAGAACCCCAGCCGCACCUCGCAGUGCUGGUGUGCUACUACCCGCCCUCGAUCGCGGAUCCACGGGCCCGGUACCCGGCGCACCUGCAGCUGGUGUUGCACCUCGCCGGGUCGCAGGGCUUCAACCCGGCCUUCGCGAGCUAUACGUAUCCCGGGACGGAGCCUGGGUUCGCGGAGCAUGACUUGGGAAGCUUUGAUAAGGUCGCGGCGGGGCUGGCGUGGUCGAGGAGCUUGGGGGCCGUGAGGAGGGGGUUUGGGGUUGAUGUUGAUUUGGAGGGGAUUUGGGAGGGGCAUCGCCCUUGGCGUACAGAAGAAUUCACGAACCGCGACGCAGCAGCGACAAUGGCGACGAUGGUAGCCGAGCCGUACGUGAACCACAUACCGACGCUCACGGGCGGCAUCGGCAAGCAAGAACUCUACCGCUUCUAUCGCGACUUCUUCAUCCCGUCGAACCCGCCCACGCUCAACAUCCGCCUCGUCUCGCGGACCAUAGGCGUGGAUCGCGUGGUGGACGAGAUGCUGAUCUCGUUCAGGCAUACCCAGGAGAUCCCGUGGAUGUUGCCGGGUGUGCCGCCGACGGAUAGGCAGGUGCAGGUUGCGUUGGUGAGCGUGGUGUGUAUUCGCGGCGGCAAGCUCUAUCAUGAGCAUAUUUACUGGGAUCAGGCGUCUGUGCUUGUGCAGAUAGGUGCGCUUGAUCCCAAGCUGGUUCCCGAUGGUUUAAAGAAGAGAGGCAUGGAGCGGUUGCCUGUUGUAGGAGAGGAGUCGGCGAUGAAGAUGAUUGACGAGAGUAGUGUGCCGAGCAACGAGCUGAUACCCGACUGGUAA